AUGUUUUUUGUUCAUAUUCUGGCUGCUUUUGCAGAUUCUUUUUACAUACAGAACGUUUCUACGAAAAAAUUUAUGGCAAAAUCAAAGACAAAUAAGGAACCUGAACUUGUUGAUGAUAUUAAAGAAGCAAGCGAAUUUAAUCUUAAGGCGAGUGGAAAAAUCAAUGAGGAGUACAUUCAAGCCGAUGAUAUGACGCUUACAGUUGAAAUGGAGAAAUUGAAGACAGAACAAAAUGCCGGUCUUACAAUCUAUCUUGACAAAGAAAAAAAGACGGAGGAUCAAUUAUUCAUGGUUGUGCAGCGGCCGAAAGGAGAAGUUCGGUUCAUGAUAAAAGACAUGUGCAUUUCUGUUGAUAUUAAUAGCGAAAAAAUAAUUGCAAUUCAAUGUUCCGACGACGACAUCAACAACCUAUUUAAAUUACUAACCACUCAUAGUGAAAUCAAACAAAUGCCACCGAUUAACAGAGCCAAGCUAGAAGCUUUGAAAGAGGUGGCACGAGUGUCACCCAAAUUAAGGGAGAAAAUUGGCAUGGACUACUUAGAUUCACUGGGUUAGUCAACUAAACAUGAAGCUUUUUACGUAGUUCUCUACAAUGAAUAGUGUUU